UAAGACGUCACCGGAAACGGCGCAACGCAUUUCCUGUGCGACUCGGGCGGGCAAUUUGAGCGGCCUUUCUCUGGCGUGUGUCAAGGAAACUGUGGACUGGACGUAAUAAUAAGCGUUUUUAUUCACAUUUUACAAACGUUUUAAACGACUGGAAGGCGGUAUGAAGGGACGAACACCUCCCAGCCAGAAAAAAACGACGGACGCCGGUCGCUUGAAUGGCUCUUUUCAGCAAAGACGCUCCCCGCGGUUGACGUCUACUUUGGCAAACAAUAACACCAACAUGGCGCCCGGGAGCGUCGCUGUUAAGCGUUCGAUCACCGUCAGGAAAAUAGUAGCAAGGAAAACCACGGCCGCGUCCGAGCAAGACAAAGAAAACACACCGAGACGGUCACCGGUUCUUGCCCCGGUCUGCAAGCGGCCCUCUGCGGCAAAGAAGCAGGCCGCCAUGCCGUCACCAAUCCUCCCUCCGGCAUCGCCACCCGCCCGGCCUCGGCCCCAGGAGGCCCCAGAAGACGCGGUGUGGUCGCAGAAAGUACGCCGCUCCUACUCCAGGCUGAGCGGCAAGUCCUUCAACAGCCCCAAUUCCCGGGAAACUCUUUUCGGCUUUGAUAAGAUGCAGACGCCGGAAGUGGGACGAAGUGUCGGGCGAACCAUAUUAGGCCUGGAGGUCUCCAGCAGCUCCUACUCGUCUAUGAUGGACGCCGAGGACCGCGAUCCCGAUUUGGCCGAGCCGGACGCCAACAUCCCCGGGGUGGCUUUGGUCAAGCAGAAGAGGACCCGGAGGAAGAUGAAGAAGAUGGAUGUAAAGGAGCUGGACACGCUCGCUGACCAGAUGAACGCCGAGUUUGAGAAGGCGGAGGAGUUUGAGCUGGUGGUGGAGUAAAUACAGACUGAGGAACACUGGACGUUAUUUUAAAAAAGUUUUUUUUAAAUUUCAUUUCUUUGUUUAAAUAUUCCCCUGCUGUUUCCUGUUAUUAUAGGACUGGCCAUUGUUGUAAUAUAAGUGAGUCAAUGCCAUAAUAUGUAGAGAUGUCCGAUAAUAUUAAAAUGUGAUAUUGGAA